AUCAUCUCCAUCAACGUAACUGGUUUUUCAGUAAAUUAUUUGUACACACGAGUCGUUGUCUCACGUUUCAAUUAGCAUAGUCACUAGUCACUUUAGUUUUUGUUUGAUCUGCGUAAAAGGUUGACAUGGUUUUUAUUGGCCCAGCCAUUGUAUUGUUCCUUGGUGCAGUGCAGAAAUCUGCAUCAAAUCCACAAUCUGAAGAUUUUGUGUUCCCAUUGGAAAAUACAGACAAUUCCGUGGCAUGCACAUUCGAAAAUGGUACGGCCGGUCAAUGUGUUAAUUUAUCGCAAUGUCUGAACGCCCAUAACGAGUAUCAAUUGGGAAUCCAUCCAACGCUCUGUCGUUUCGACAAGAGAGAACCGGUUGUGUGUUGCAUGCAACAAAUGGUAAAUCAUUUUCUGAUUAUCGAUCCUCCUGUGCGGAUAACAACAGAUCAACCAAAGACUUCAGAUAAGUUAGUGAAACGAAGGAAAAGUGUUGCUCACUGUGAGGAUGUUUAUUCGUUAACAGUUCCAAUCAAAAGGAAACCGGGAGAGUUUCAAAUAGCAGUCGUUGGUGGUACUGUGACAUCAGACGGAGAAUUUCCGCACAUGGCAGCCCUGGGAUGGUUAGACCGUAACAAAAACAUCGAAUGGAAUUGUGGAGGCACACUAAUUAGUCUCCGUUUCGUUCUUACGGCUGCACAUUGUGUCAUAGGACGAACACCGCCCGACCUUAUAAGAGUCGGUGAAACUGACCUAAUCAACACAAACCUCGAUUCGUUGCCACAAGAUUUCGGGGUAGAGUCGAUAAUGGGACAUCCAGAUUACAAACCGGAUCAUCUGUAUAAUGACAUUGCACUAAUAAAAUUAGACAAAGACGCAACAAUUACUGCUAAAGUGAGGCCAGCUUGUCUGUGGCAAGAGAAUGCGAUUAAUUUUACCGACGUUACUGCAACAGGAUAUGGUCACACCGAAUUCGGUGGAAUGGCAGCUAACGAACUGUUGAAGGCCGAAUUGAAAUUAUUUAGCAACGAGGAAUGCGCUACAGCAUACAAAAACGAACGAUCAUUGACGAACGGAAUAGUCGACAGUCAAUUGUGUGCCGGUGAUUCCACGGGAAUGAAGGACACUUGUCAGGGGGAUUCUGGUGGGCCGAUAUCGGUUUCAACGAUGAACGGAAGGCAGAUUGUUUAUCACGUAGUCGGUGUUACAUCCUUUGGUUCAGCAUGUGCGACUACAGUGCCCGGUGUCUAUACAAAAGUUUCACACUAUUUGGAUUAUAUCGAAAAUAUUGUCUGGUGAUGACUUUGAUGUUGAGUCAUUGCGAUUAAAAGUGCAAAGCAAGAA